UAUUUAGAAAAUACCGGACACAACUUAACACGCUGUCCUUGAUUGUUGUUUAUACGUGCAGCCACGUAAUUGUGUCCGUUAUUGUGUGGCGUCGUGUUCGUUUUGACGGUUAAAAAUAACGUUUACAGGAGAACACUGGACUACAAAUCCCAGGCGACACCGGGCGCCAUCGCCUGUGUUGAGGGGAGAGGGGGGACUCCUUUUGACAACAUUCUUCUUUACCCAGGCUGCUGUUAGGGCGAUAUCUUCCACAUUUGUGACUAUUAUCGUUAGAGUUUCCGUUUGCUAGCAUUUCACAUCACUAGCCGGGUUUUCUUUUAUAAUUUGACUCUCGUAUGGAAGUAGGAAGUAUUACGUGCCGCGGUAAACUCGGCUUCGGCUGGUCGGGAAGGUAGAGCUUGUUAGCUAGCUUACUUUAGCCAGCAGCUACCAGUAGAUUACGGGUUAUAUCCGCGGCUGCCCUGCCAGGUAGAUCAACUAAAGCCCGAGGUGCUGCUCAGCCACUAUGGUUCGGUGUGUUCGCCAGGUUCUGAGCACUGACAUCGGUUCGUAAUCCUUCACAUUUGGCUGACAAAUCAACGCAACCUUUGUUUGGUUUGUGCGCAGCCUGGCUGGUUUGGCCUGUUUCAUUGUCUCCGAGCAUCGAAAACACUCAAGUUGUUUUUUUUGUUUUUUUUUUCUCGGUGUCAGUUGGGUGUUCGGCUAGUUAGUCACCUACCGGCUCCAGGUAAUCUUUUAAAAGCUAACCCGGUCCAGUAUGGCGCAGCACGACCACUCUCAUGUAGCCAGCUCACAGAAGGCACUCAUGUUGGAGAUGAAGAGCCUCCAGGAGCAGCCUGUCGAGGGCUUCAAAAUAACGCUGGUGGACGAGGCUGACAUGUACAACUGGGAGGUGGCCAUCUUCGGACCCCCAAACACUCACUAUGAAGGGGGGUAUUUUAAGGCGAGGAUCAAGUUCCCUAUAGACUACCCAUACUCCCCACCAGCCUUCCGGUUCCUCACCAAGAUGUGGCACCCCAACAUCUAUGAGAAUGGAGAUGUGUGUAUUUCUAUAUUGCACCCUCCGGUGGACGACCCGCAGAGUGGAGAGCUGCCUUCAGAGAGAUGGAAUCCCACCCAGAAUGUCCGGACCAUUUUGCUGAGCGUGAUCUCACUGCUGAAUGAACCCAACACCUUCUCUCCUGCGAAUGUGGACGCCUCUGUCAUGUACCGCAAAUGGAGGGACAGCAAGGGCAAGGACCGAGAAUACGUGGAGAUCAUCAGGAAACAAGUGUUGGCCACCAAGGCGGAAGCCGAGCGUGACGGCGUGAAGGUGCCCACCACGCUGGCCGAAUACUGCGUCCGCACACGUGCCCCGGCCCCCGACGAAGGCUCCGACCUCUUCUAUGACUACUAUUACGACGAGGACGACGUGGAAGACGGGGACGGCGACUGCUGCUACGAUGAGGAUGACUCAGGCAACGAGGAGUCAUGACAUGCUUCUCAACAGCGCCCUCAAUCUAGCUGACAUACGCUUCCACCUUUUUCUGUCUGGGUUGCCAGAAAUUCUAGGUCGACAACGAAGAAAGAUUUGAAGCUUCCCACUUCUAAACCAAUGAAAAGAGCAGUUUUUUCCUGAGCCUCCGAAAUUCUUUUUUCGCAGGCGUAAACCGACGCACCGUUGUGGAAGGGUCAGACCUGGAAAGAUUUGCACCAGCACAAAAGUCACCAGUUUCUUCAACAGUUUUCAUUAUCACCUUAAACCUUACAUUGAGAGUAUAACUUAAUCUAUUACUUCAUCCUACUGAGUUAUUGUACAGUAAAUGGUAUCGUGGGGUUAAUACCACUGUUAACGAUAGCAACAUUUGCACUGGUGCAAACACUUCCAAACUUUGCUCAGCGUUUCUCUCGCAUAUCCUUAUUUCCCCUAAUUCUAACUGGGCGUUGCUCACCAACAGUCUGUCCCAGUGACUGACAGAAGACUGAGGACUUCCAAGAAGCCUGUUUGUGUCGAACAGUCUACUGAAAAUACGAUGAAUCAAUGACAUUUUCAAGUUUCACAGUCCGUCUCCGUUCAAUCGGACGAGAUGUCAUGAGACGACGCUUUCCAAGUUCUUGUGCAUGCCAGAACAUCAUCGGAAGCUUUCUGUCUCUUUUACUGGUGGACUGUUUACCGACAUUAUGAUCUGUUUCCAGCUCGCCGAUAAGAAAGACUGGUUUUUCGAAAGAGAUCCCAGAGAACUUUUUAUCUGGACGACUGGCUGGCAAGCUGAGUCAGCAGGUCAAAUGUGAACUUUUUUGGUAACAUGAAAUUGAUCUUUGCUGUGUUUCUUCUGAUUACCGUUGGAUGUGUUUCUGUCUUUUUGAGUGUGGGGGUUGUGUUAUUUGAAGUAGCUCAGAUUUAAGAGUCGUGUAGGACGUUUUUCCGGGAGGUGGGCAGAACUAAUUAAAGAUCAGAUUUGUAUCUCUCCUCAGGUUUGCUCUUUUAGAGGCCUGAUGGAGCCAAAGAGCUAAAAAGGUGUAAAAGAAAGCCCAAAACAUUAUAUGACUGUUUGUUGUAUUCUUCUGUUUGAUUGCUCUCUUGUGAGCUUUGUUUUUUUUUUUUUUGUUUUUUUUUUCCGUCUCUUUCUUUGGUUAGACAUUAUGCCUGCAAUCUUUGCUUGAGAAUGAUUUAUGUGAUGAGAUUAUUAGGUUUAAUUGGCAAACAUUAAAAAAAAAAGCUUCUGUAGGACCAGUGUCUGUCAAAGGUGUUGUUGCAGUAUCAGUCAGGAUUAUCAAAGUUGAGGUGAGAGAGAACAAGGCCGUCGUGUUUGGAUUUUAAUUUUGUAUUUCCUGUGUCAGCGGAGAGUGGACGGGUUUUGAUAUAACCUUUAGAGUGCAUGGGUAUCCUCUGUAUUUUUCUUUUGCAUCAGCAAUAUUGAUUGUUUUCAUUUACUCAAAUUGGCACUUCAUACUGAAUUUCUCAGGAUAAUGAAAUACAUAAAACAAAACAAUUUAGACGAACAGUUUUCCUCUUUUUAGGUGGUCUUUAGAGUUGGUUUACAGCUUUAACGGGAACCAUAACUGAUAUGCACAUGUAGCUGUAUGAAUGGUCACCGUAUUGUUCUAUUCACCCAUCUUUUAUUUUUUAUUUUCGGCUAUUUAAAAACUGAAAAAUAAAGAUUUAUUGGCUCACUC